GCUGUCAUGUGAGGCUGGGGAAACAGUUCGACCAGGAAAUCUCCGUUUGUUGAUAGGGUUAUAGUUUAGCUGGUGACCGUCGGGGAGCAGAUAAGUUGUUUUUAGUAAAACAAGGUUUUAGUUUUCAUUUGUUCGCCAUGGCAUCUCUAUUCAAGAAGAAGACAGUCGACGAUGUUAUAAAGGAACAAACUAAGGAGCUUCGCGGUACUCAGAGACAGAUCACUAGAGACAGAGCUGCUCUGGAGAAACAAGAGAAACAAAUGGAGAUGGAGAUCAAGAAGAUGGCUAAGUCUGGGAACCGCGAGGCGUGUAAGAUCCUGGCCAAGCAGCUGGUCCAGCUGAGGAAGCAGAAGAACAGGACCUACGCCGUCAGUUCAAAGGUCACCUCCAUGUCCACACAGACCAAGGUCAUGAACUCCCAGAUGAAGAUGGCUGGAGCCAUGUCUGCUACGGCUAAGACGAUGCAGACGGUGAACAAGAAGAUGGAUCCUCAGAAGACCCUCCAGACCAUGCAGGACUUCCAGAAGGAGAACAUGAAGAUGGGCAUGACAGAGGACAUGAUCAACGAUACGUUAGAUGAGAUAUUUGACGAGUCAGGGGAUGAGGAAGAAUCUCAGGACAUUGUGAACCAGGUUCUGGACGAGAUUGGCAUUGAGAUCUCUGGAAAGAUGGUGAGAGCCCCAGCAGCAGGGAAGAAUCUCCCCACUGCCUCUCCUAAACGGAAAACACAGAUCUCUGACGACGAGAUAGAGAGACAGCUCAGAGCACUGGGAGUGGACUAACACAUACAUACACACACACACACACCAUGGGCUAGGCCUGUGUACUAGCAGGCUGGUGGUCCAUGUGUCGGAGACUGGGAGACUGUGGCUGGUUAUGAAUAUGUAAUGACUAAAUGAUGGAAUAAUAUAAUAAUGUGUUAUUAUGACCCAAACUACAAUCUGCUGAAGGAUGGGAUCUUUAUGUACAUACAGACAGUUGACUCCGGUGACCUCUAUGUGUACAUGGGAGGACCAAUCCUGUGGGAGGAUGAAGUAGUGAUGGUUGUUCUCUGUGCUCUCACAUCUUUAGGUACAGUACUAUAGAUGCUUGUGAUGUCAUAGACUACUGACAAUGUGUCUGUCUAGUACCACUGACAUUAACUCUAGGAGCUACUGACAAUGCUUGACUUUUUCCACUAAUUAACAUUUUGCAUGAGAAUCUAUGGAAUCAGCUGGACCAAACUGGGUAUCAGUUAGGGACAUAGAUUCAGUUUGACACAAUAACUUGUGAAAUAAUAAUCUAAUGCUAAUUCAAACUAAUAAUCAUAAACUUGAUAUAUCAAGUAAUGGUUACUUUUAAUUGCUUGUUUUGUACUACUGAGUUGUACUCUAAUUUGAAGAUAUUGUCUGUGUCUUAGUUGAUCUCUGUGUCCUUUCUUUCUGAUGUGGGAUGGAACCAGCAGUCUGUGUCCUGUCUUUCUGAUGUGGGAUGGAACCAGCAGUCUGUUGUGUCCUGUCUUUCUGAUGUGGGAUGGAACCAGCAGUCUGUGUCCUGUCUUUCUGAUGUGGGAUGGAACCAGCAGUCUGUUGUGUCCUGUCUUUCUGAUGUGGGAUGCAACCAGCAGUCUGUUGUGUCCUGUCUUUCUGAUGUGUGAUGGAACCAGCAGUCUGUCUGUCCUGUCUUUCUGAUGUGGGAUGGAACCAGCAGUCUGUAUGUCCUGUCUUUCUGAUGUGGGAUGGAACCAGCAGUCUGUUGUGUCCUGUCUUUCUGAUGUGUGAUGGAACCAGCAGUCUGUCUGUCCUGUCUUUCUGAUGUGUGAUGGAACCAGCAGUCUGUCUGUCCUGUCUUUCUGAUGUGUGAUGGAACCAGCAGUCUGUCUGUCCUGUCUUUCUGAUGUGUGAUGGAACCAGCAGUCUGUCUGUCCUGUCUUUCUGAUGUGUGAUGGAACCAGCAGUCUGUCUGUCCUGUCUUUCUGAUGUGUGAUGGAACCAGCAGUCUGUCUGUCCUCCUCAUCUCUCUUUUCUGAUGUGGGAUGGAACCAGCAGUCUGUUGUGUCCUGUCUUUCUGAUGUGGGAUGGAACCAGCAGUCUGUGUCCUUUCUUUCUGAUGUGGGAUGGAACCAGCAGUCUGUUGUGUCCUGUCUUUCUGAUGUGUGAUGGAACCAGCAGUCUGUCUGUCCUGUCUUUCUGAUGUGGGAUGGAACCAGCAGUCUGUAUGUCCUGUCUUUCUGAUGUGGGAUGGAACCAGCAGUCUGUUGUGUCCUGUCUUUCUGAUGUGUGAUGGAACCAGCAGUCUGUCUGUCCUGUCUUUCUGAUGUGUGAUGGAACCAGCCGUCUGUCUGUCCUAUCUUUCUGAUGUGUGAUGGAACCAGCAGUCUGUCUGUCCUGUCUUUCUGAUGUGUGAUGGAACCAGCAGUCUGUCUGUCCUGUCUUUCUGAUGUGUGAUGGAACCAGCAGUCUGUAUGUCCUGUCUUUCUGAUGUGUGAUGGAACCAGCAGUCUGUCUGUCCUGUCUUUCUGAUGUGUGAUGGAACCAGCAGUCUGUCUGUCCUGUCUUUCUGAUGUGUGAUGGAACCAGCAGUCUGUAUGUCCUGUCUUUCUGAUGUGUGAUGGAACCAGCAGUCUGUAUGUCCUCCUCAUCUCUCUUUUUAUCUCGGCUGCUGUGCAGUUACCGUAUCUGUUAUUUAAGCUGUGUGCUUAAACCACACACACACACACACACACACUAGAGUGGACAAGGAGUUUGUGAAGAUAACACUAAUGGUUUUGUCUUCCUGUAGUUCUCUCCACCAUGCUGUAAGAGCAGGUUAGGAGACAAUGACAUAUUGUGCAAUGGCAACUAAACAGCAUUUAAUGCAGCCUAGAAUGUUCUCUCAUGGUCCUUUGUGGUUUUCUAAUGUGGACUGGUAUAACACUGAAUGCUAAAAUGAUUAUCUUAAUGAUUAUUACUGGAAAGUAUUGAGACUGGUACACAAUAUUUUACAUUCGUUUCUUUUCAACUUGAUUUGUGGUGCAAUUCAAAUGUAAAUAAAUGAAGGUUGUUGUCACGCCUUUUAUCCACCAUGUACAGUAUGUCAACUAAUGUAUGUAUCCUCUGUGUUUGUACAGUUCUACUGUUUAGGGUUGAUGAUGGCUUUUAUAAUGAAUAAAAUCACUUCAUGUACUA